GUCUGCCUGGACAGAGCUGGGCUGGCCGGAGUCCGUACCUUAUCUCGAUAGGCCUCCGUCCCCACUGGAGUUUUAUCGGGAGUGGGUGAGUCCAAAUAAACCCUGCAUAAUUCGCAACGCCAUCAGCCACUGGCCGGCUCUGAAGAAAUGGACCUCAGCGUACCUGAGGGAGGUGGUGGGUCCCAAGGUGGUAAGUGUGGCAGUGACACCAAAUGGUUAUGCAGAUGCAGUGUUCCAGGACCGUUUUGUCAUGCCAGAGGAACGCCAGAUGCCUUUCAUGGACUUUUUGGAUAUUGUGGAGAAGAAAGUGACCUCUCCCAACGUAUUCUAUGUGCAGAAGCAGUGUUCAAACCUCACUGAGGAGUUUCCUGAACUUGUCUGUGAUGUGCAGCCUGACAUACCAUGGAUGAGUGAGGCACUGGGGAAGAAGCCUGAUGCUGUGAAUUUCUGGCUUGGGGAGUCAGCUGCUGUGACAUCUUUACAUAAAGACCAUUAUGAGAACUUGUACUGUGUGGUGUCUGGAGAGAAAUAUUUUCUACUGCAUCCACCAAGUGACCGUCCCUUCAUCCCAUAUGAGCUCUAUCAGCCAGCAACCUAUCACGUAUCAGAAGAUGGUUCAUUUGAAAUUGUGGAUGAGAAGACCACAGAGAAGGUGCCCUGGAUCCCUCUGGACCCCUUGAACCCAGAUCUAGAACUGUACCCAGAGUAUGCUCAGGCAAAACCUUUGCAGUGUACAGUGAAAGCUGGUGAGAUGUUAUAUCUGCCUUCUCUCUGGUUCCACCAUGUUCAGCAAUCACAUGGCUGUAUUGCAGUGAAUUAUUGGUAUGACAUGGAAUAUGACAUUAAGUACAGCUAUUAUCAACUACUAGAUUGUCUCACAAAAACUGUGAAAAUGCUGUAGCAAAAGUGGGAGGCUCGAGCUUGUGAUGUCUGUUUCUGAUGUGAUACAAUCAUCAGCAUCUGUGACUGGAGUACAAACAUGAUUCCCCCAAAAAUAACUGAACAUUAAAUGAUGGUCAACAACGCCUGCUGAACA